AUGGCACACUUGUGGGGCCAGUUACUAGUACUUGAGCAAAUGGAACGAGAAGAACAAGAAAAUGGAAUCAGAGUGUUUAGACGUAUGGUGCGAGAUACUCAAAACCCAUUUGCCAUCUCGGAUGCCGAAUUUACGCGGCACUUUCGUUUCCACAAAAACGCUGCCCUAGAAAUCAUUAGAGACAUCGAACCCCAUAUGGUGAACAAUUCGUAUGUCUCUAAAAUUCCGAAAGUUUUGAGGAUCUUGUCAGCUUUAAAUUUCUUUGCAACAGGAAGUUACCAACGAUCGGUUGGAGCGAAUCUACUUUCUUGUUGCAGUCAACCUGUUGUCAGUAGAAAUAUCCAAGAAGUUUCUACUAUAAUUGUGCGAUAUCUUCUCAAAGAUUGGGUGCAUUUCCCUCGCAAUGAUAGGGAAAGGAAUGAACUAAAACACAGAUUUAUGCAACGCCAUCGAAUGCCUAAUAUAAUCGGCAUUGUUGACGGUACACACAUUGCUAUAAAAAAACCUAAUGAGAAUGAACACAUAUAUGUAAACAGAAAAAAUUACCACAGUUUAAACUGCCAAAUUAUUUGUGAUUCAGAAUUAAGAAUUCUUAGUAUUGUAGCCAGAUGGCCAGGCAGCACCCAUGACGCUUUUAUAUGGAGAUCAAGUCGAGUGGGACAAGCUAUGCGGGCAAAUUAUGAAAAUGGUGAUACUGAAUCUCGAAUAAUGGGGGAUUCAGGUUACCCCUGCUUACCAUGGCUGCUGAUACCAGUACCUCAUCCUGCAACACCUCAAGAGGAAAGGUAUAAUAAUAGAUUUAAAUCAUGUCGGAGUACUGUAGAAAGGUGUAUUGGCGUUUUAAAAGGGCGUUUUCGUUGCCUAUUGAAGGAUCGUGUAUUACAUUACACACCACAGAAAGCUGCAAAAAUAAUAAUGGCAUGCACUAUCCUACAUAAUAUGGCAGUCUUCUAUAGAGUUGAUGAUCCGGCUCCUAUGUGGGAUGACAUCGACAGAGAGGACUUACCUGUGCCACGGUAUAUUGCCGAUUUAGAUAUUGCAUAUAGGCGAUUGGGUCAACAACAACGCAGAGAAUAUAUUGUUACAAAUUUUUAA